UUUGUUGUAUAGACUUGUCCAGAGGAAUUGGGUGUGCGACAUGUUGCUCUCACUACGGUUGAUGUUUGAUCGUUAUCGUAGUUUGGGAUUAUCCUUUCAGUUCGCGAGCAGCAGUGAAUUAAUGUGUGCAUGCACCACUAACUAUGCCUACAGUUUUUACUGAAGCUGGGAGCUAACUAUCUAAACAGAAAUCAACGUUUUUAAGCUGUCAGCCCUGGCGCCCCCCAGGUGAAGGAAAUCGGCCCUGAUAACUAUCCCACAUCGACACUUCAGUAGACUUCUGAUCCAAUGACCCCAAGGGAAAGGCUACACUAAUUCAUGCAACAAUGAAAGGUGGAUCUCGAGGAACAAGGAAAGGGGAACCUAAAAAGACACUAACAAAGAAAACAACAACACAGGCAGACGCCAUCUCAUUUCAAGGCACAGAGGAAUCAAAUGCUGUGCCAGGCAAUCAUGUUGCCAUUGUCAGCCAGUCCACUGCGAGUUCCUUACCAAGUACUCCAAAAAGGGGCAGGGGACGAAAGAGACGGACACAAGAAGCCCUCCUGACCUCCACACCAGUGCACAGCUCCUCCACUGACAUCCUGUCCAACAUCUCUGAGUCUCCUCAUGGAGCAAAUCAAGCGGAGCUAGAGUACACCUAAGUCAUCACACAGUUAAAGACAUCAGAGGUAGACUCGCCACGCUGCAAAUCAAAAUCACAAAGCAGAAGUAGGAGUACACACACCUCCCAGCCAAGACAGGUUAGAAAAGGGGUGACAAAGGAGCAAACACGGACCUGCAGUAAAACCAACGGUCCUCCAGCCAAGCCACGGAGAGGCAGGACGCGGAAAGUGGAGAAGGACACAGAGGAAUCAAAUGCUGUGCCAGGCAAUCAUGUUGCCAUCGUCAGCCAGUCCACUGUGAGUUCCUCACCAAACACUCCAAAAAGGGGCAGGGGACGAAAGAGACGGACACAAGAAGCCCUCCUGACCUCCACACCAGUACACAGCUCCUCCACUGACAUCCUGUCCAACAUCUCUGAGUCUCCUCAUGGAGCAAAUCAAGCAGAGCUAGAGUACACCGAAGUCAUCACACAGUUAAAGACUUCAGAGGUAGACUCGCCACGCUGCAAAUCAAAAUCACAAAGCAGAAGUAGGAGUACACACGCCUCCCAGCCUAGACAGGUUAGAAAAGGGGUGACAAAGGAGCAAACACGGACCUGCAGUAAAACCAAUGGUCCUCCAGCCAAGCGAUGGAGAGGCAGGACGCGGAAAGUGGAGAAGGGCACAGAGGAAUCAAAUGCUGUGCCAGGCAAUCAUGUUGCCAUCAUCAGCCAGUCCACUGUGAGUUCCUCAUCAAGCACUCCAAAAAGGGGCAGGGGACGAAAGAGACGGACACAAGAAGCCCUCCUGACCUCCACACCAGUGCACAGCUCCUCCACUGACAUCCUGUCCAACAUCUCUGAGUCUCCUCAUGGAGCAAAUCAAGCGGAGCUAGAGUACACCGAAGUCAUCACACAGUUAAAGACAUCAGAGGUAGACUUGCCACGCUGCAAAUCAAAAUCACAAAGCAGAAGUAGGAGUAUACACACCUCCCAGCCUAGACAGGUUAGAAAAAGGGUGACAAAGGAGCAAACACAGACCUGCAGUAAAACCAACGGUCCUCCAGCCAAGCCACGGAGAGGCAGGACGCGGAAAGUGGAGAAGGGGAAUUUACAGAAGGAUAGCACUACUCAGUCAUCUGAACGCUCUCGACCAAGAUUUGAACUGAAGACAGCUGACACAGCAGAGCAAGACGAGUCUUUGCUGUCUUCAGAUCUAUCGAUUGAGCUGAGCUGCCCUGAGGAACAGCUGCCAUCUUUGGACUUCCCAGAAGAUGAGGGAAGUGAUGAGGAGGAGGAGGAGGACGAGGAGCUACCAAGUUUCUUGAUGCAGUCAGACAAAAAGCCCCCGUCCAUCACAGAGGGAGUGUUUGUCUGGCACAAAUUUAGACAUUAUCCAUUCUGGCCUGCAUUGGUAAAAAGUGUGCAUCGUAAACAGAAAAAAGCCAGCAUCAUGCUCAUUGAUGACCCAAUGAUUCACAAAAAGAAAGGGUUCACUGUGCCUCUGAAAACCCUGAAGCCAUUUGACUGUGAAGAAGCUGAUCAGCUGGUGUUAAAAGCCAAAGAAGAGUACGAUAGUGCCAUUGUGUGGUCGUUGGAGCUCAUAUCAGACUACAGAAUACGGAUCGCAUGUGGCUCAUUUUCUGGCUCCUUCCUCGAGUACUUUGCUCAUGACAUGAGCUAUCCAGUAAGGAGGACGUACCCACAGGCAGCUUCAGAGAGACUCACCAUCACCACUGAUUUGAUGAUGGAGGCGCCGUGUGAUGAUCAUAAGGAGGACAGCUUUAGUGAACAGCAUGAGGAGGUCAGCAGAAGUUCGAAGAGGUUGCUGCCAGACCGGAGUCAUGCCGCCCACAACCGUGCCAAUGAGAAGCUCGUACAUUUCAUAGUAAAGCAGCGCAUGGUGGAAGGACGCCUUCUGGCUGUGAUCCGUGGGCAGCAGCAGUCCAGAUGGCUUUGCUCCUUCCUGAGUUCCCGACGGAGGCGGGUGGUGAACAUAUACCUGGAAGAUGACCAGCAGUUGGACCAGGUCUACUGGUACCUGAGUGAGCUCUAUGCAACAGCUGUGACCACUGCCCCCUGCCUGGCUGAGAUGAAAUCUAUAGAGCGUGUCCCCUUUGUCCUGGAUGUGCUUCUCCCUGAGGCCAUAAUCUACGCCAUAGCUGGGGUGGACAACGUCUCGGUAAAAAAGGCAGAGGAAAAGUACCUUAAAGGUCGAUGUAUAAGUCACAGGGAAAGACAGGAGUUUGACUUGAUGAUUGAGCGGCAGAUAAGGAAAAAGUCACAGCAUCAAAACACUUCACUUGUGAUCGUCUCUGACCCCAUCAGUUAGAAGACUGAGUAUUGUAAAACAGUAAAGUAUUUUUGUAUAUUUUUUUAUCCUUUUUUUCUACAAAUGUAGCAGUAUUUGCUUGCCUUACAAUCACUGAUAAAUGGUCUUAAAAUAA